UAAAAGCAGUAUUUACUUCAACAGGUGAGACAUUCAAAUCAUUAGGCUUCCAGUAUCGCAUUGGAAGCACUACGCUGAGCAAAAUUGUCAUGGAGACCUGUGCUGCCCUACACUCUGUACUAAAAGAGGAUUAUCUGAAGACACCAACGACAGAAUCAGAGUGGAGGGACAUUGCUAAGGAUUUUCUUGAGAAGUGGCAGUUUCCACACUGUCUGGGAGCAGUGGAUGGGAAACAUAUUUCCAUACAGCCACCUGCCAAGAGUGGGAGCAUGUUCUACAACUAUAAGUCAAGGUUUUCAAUCACGCUUAUGGCUGUUGUUGAUGCCCACUACAAAUUUGUGUAUGCAUGUGUUGGCACCCAGGGCAGAAUUUCAGAUGGUGGAGUGUUUGCACACUCAGAUCUAAGGGUUGCCAUGGACAGAGGCCUUCUUCAUGCACCCCCUGAGGAGCCACUGCCCAACAGCAAUAUCACAAUGCCAUACAUGUUCAUUGGUGAUGAGGCCUACCCACUCCGACCCGAUCUCAUGAAGCCUUAUCCCUUUAGGAGUAUGAACAAAGAUCAAAGGAUCUACAACUACCGCCUUUCCAGGGCCAGGCGUGUGGUAGAAAACGCAUUUGGAAUACUGGCAAAUCGCUUCCGGGUCUUCAGAUCUACGAUUUGUCUCGAGCCCAACAAGGUGGUGACAAUUACCCUUGCUUGUCUGUGCCUGCACAACUUUUUGCGACAAAGAAGAUCUGAAGCAUAUGUGCCACCUGCUUAUGUGGAUGCAGAAGACGCAAACCAUCAACUUGUAGAAGGGGCAUGGAGGAGAGAAGGUGUACUCCAGCCUGCAUCCAUGGGGAGAGCAAGAAACCCUUCUGUUGCAGCAAAGCAGCAAAGGGAUGCACUUUGUCAGUACUUUGUUUCACCUGCUGGGAGUAUUUCAUGGCAAGACAGUAUGGUGUAACUUAUUGGCUAGAAAGAGGCCUUAACUGUUGAAGGCCAUCUGGGUACUAUUAAAAUUCUACUACUACUACUAAAAUCAGCUGCUCAGCAGAACAGUGUUGUAAUUUUUUUUUCCUGUAGACAUAGAUUUUACAUUGUGUAU